AUGGGAAUGAUUUUUGAUUCUCCCGAUGAUGCAUAUGAUUUCUACAAUCGCUAUGCGUUUUUACAUGGAUUUGGAAUACGUAUAUCUUCGUUUUUUAAAAAUAAGACCACAAACGAGCCUUAUCGAAGGAAAUUUGUGUGUAACAAAGAGGGUUUUAAAGACAUGAAGUGCAAUAGUUCUAAUGGAAAUGUUAAGAAACGCCGUAGAGAAUUAAGGACCGGAUGUGAAGCAUAUAUUCGGAUUUCAAAAAAUAAAGAAGGGAAAUGGUUUGUGGAUAGAUUUAACGACUCACAUAAUCAUGAGUUAACUGUUACUCCUACCAAAGUAAUGAAACAUCGGUCCCAUGGAAAGUUUCACCGCUCAAUGGCAUGCAAAGCCCUAGUGUCGGAACUUGGUCAAUCCGGGUUGAAACCUUGUCAAAUCAAGAAGGUUGUAAAUACCAUGAAAGAUUCAAAUGAAAAUGAUGUCUCAUCAAAGCAAUGUGCAGAUAUCUUAGCAGAUCAGCGGAAACAAUAUAAAGGGGAAGACCCUAAUCUUUAUUUUGUUGUGGAUUUAUUUGACGAUGGGUCUCCAAGAAAUAUUUUCUGGGCUGACGGGAGAUCAAGAGACUCGUAUGUAAAAUUUGGGGACGUUGUUGUGUUUGAUGUCACAUAUAUGACCAACAAAUUUAAGAUGCCAUUUGCUCCUUUUGUCGGGGUGAAUCAUCAUGGUCAAUCCAUACUUUUUGGUGGUGCACUAUUAGAAAAUGAGAAACAAGAUACUUUUGAAUGGUUAUUUCAAAAUUUCCUAAAAUGCAUGUUUGACAAGUAUCCAUCGGCAAUAAUUACCGAUCAAGAUAAAGCUAUUGGCAAUGCAGUUAAAAGUGUUUUUCCAAAAAGUCGACAUCGAUAUUGUUCAUGGCAUAUUAAGAAACAUGAGAUUGAACAUCUUCGAGCACUUAAAGCAAGUUGUAGUGACUUUCAAGAAUUACACAAACAAUGGGUAAAGAGUAAUACGGUUGAGGAGUUUGAAACUCGAUGGGAAUUGUUACGUGAAAAAUAUAAUUUUGAAAGUGGCGAUUGGAUAACGGAGAUGUAUAACCAACGUAAAUAUUGGGCUAAAGCCUACUUGAAGGAUUGUUUUUUUGCUGGCAUGACAUCAAGUGGAAGAAGCGAGAGUAUUCAUUCAUUUUUUGAUGGAUUUGUGAACUCAAAGACCAUGUUGAAUGAGUUCGUAAGCCAGUAUGAUAAAGCUGUUGAGACUCGAAGGGCUGCCGAAGAAGAUGAAGACUUCAAGACUAUGAACUCCAAGCCAAUUCUUUCUUCUAUUAAUUUGAUAGAGGCAAAAGCAAGUUCACGUUACACUAGGAAGCUCUUUGAUGUAUUCAAAAAAGAAUGGACCGAAGCUACCUUGAACUUGACUCAUGAGAAAAUAAGCAAGAAUUCAGAAGAAAUCAAAUAUAAGGUUGGACAAUUGGAUGUUGAUAAAACAUAUUGGAGAAAUGUUAACUUCCAUCUUUCUGAAAAGAUAGAUGUCACAUGUUCAUGCGCAAAGUUUGAAACAUAUGGGAUAUUAUGCAAACAUAUAUUAUAUAUCUUGAAGAAAAGACAUGUUGAAACCCUUCCUGAUCAUUAUAUUUUACCUAGGUGGACACUUGAUGCUAGGUAUAAGUCGGAUAAUUGCACUAUUGGGCUUGAAGACAUACAAAGUGAAAAUGAAGUCAGCGCGCUAUCUUUAUGGUGUGUUCAAUCAACUUUUAGAAAAGCGGUUGAACAAGCAAGAGACUCCCCGUGUGAGAUAAAGAAACUAAAUACCAUCUUGUUAAAGUUUUUAGAAGAGCAAAGUAUUCGAACAAAGCCGAAACACUCUGAGACUAAUCAACAAGAUUCUAAUGCGGGAAGUUCGCAAGUAAACUUGAUGCCUCAAAUUUCUAUUCGGGAUCCAGUAGUUCAUACUAAUACUAAAGUUCGUCCUAGAAGUGCAACUAGAAUCAAAUCUUCUCUAGAAGCGCCAAAAAAGAGAAAUUGUUCUUACUGCAAGAAACCUGGCCAUUACAUUAGUGGGUGUCAAAAAAAGAAGGCAGAUGAGGCGGCAUUGCAAGAAAACAAAGGAUGA